AUGGCCUGGAUGCUGCUGCUGGCCUUCACCACGCUCCCCCCAGCGCCCUGUGCUCUCCGGGUGUCCCAGCCCCCUGAGGUCCGCGCCCAGGAGGGUGCCACUGUCCUCCUGCCCUGCUCCUUCAACGCCAGCUCAGGGACGGCGGCCAUCGGCUCUGUCACGUGGUACCGGGACACGGUGGCCCCGGGGAAGGAAGUGAGGAAUGGGACCCUGGAGUUCAGGGGCCGCCUGGCCCCUCUGGCCUCUUCCCGCUUCCUCCGAGACCACCAGGCGGAGCUGCGCAUCUGGGAUGCCCGAGGCGGGGACGCCGGCCUGUACGUGUGCAGGGUGCAGGUGCUGGGCCUGGGUGUCGGGACCGGGAACGGGACUCUGCUGGUGGUGGAGACAGGACCGCCCGGGACAGGGGCCCUCACAGCCCUCCUCCUUCGGGCCGGAUUCUGUGCCUUCAGUUUCCUCUCGGUGGCCGUGGGCAGCACCAUCUAUUACCACAGCAGGACACCCCAGUGUGCCCCUCUCUGGGUUCUAGGAAUGUCCAAGGAGGAGCUGCCCAGCAAUUGUGCCUGGACCUCCCGCCCCUCUGCCUGGGGCUCGGCAGGAAGUGACCCAGCUCCCCCAGCCCAGGAGGCAGAGGCGGUCCUGGGAAAUGA